AUGGCCCCAAUCUCUGUCAUCCUCGUCACUGACCACAAGCUCCCAGAAGCCAUGUCCACCACGCGAGAAAAGCUCCUUGCAACAACCUCCAAGUUUGUGUCAACUUUCGGGUCCUUUGACGUAGACGAAAUCCUCGCCAUUCGCACGCCAACAUGCCUCUAUCACCAGUGCUGCCCCAGCUUCAACAAAAAUGUCGUAACCAACGAGGAAACUCGUGCAAAUUUCCCGCAAUUCAUCGCCACUUUCAGACGGUUUGACUUUUCCAUCCUCGAACCGGACCAUACACUUGUCGACGAGGCUUCGAGGAGAGUGAUGAUCCGCGCAAAGGCCUCCGCGGAAAGCAUUGUUGGAGCCUAUGAGAAUGAGUAUAUCUUUAUUUUGAAGAUGACGGAGGACUGUAGGCUUGUCGACGAGAUCUACGAGUUCUACGACACGAUACGGCUUAAGGAUCUCCAACACCGGUUAGAAGCGAAGCAUAUCUCUUACGGGGACACUGCGCCCUUUGAGACGAGGACUACUCAGUUUUGA